AUGUCUUCCAACGGGGACCUCAGUGAGCUGGGCACCUCGGACAGCUUCUGGGAGGUAAAACAUCAGCUGACUGACAUCUGAUCACAUGACUGAGAAAUGUCUGAAUCUUAAUUAAACUGACUUCAACAUGGUUCUAAGAAAUAAAGGAAAUGUUCACGUUAUCCAUCAGUCAGUCAAACUUUUAUUAAGAGUCUGAACAGACAGUUUGCUUUAACAGCUGAUUGUGUUACUCGCCUCUUAAUCCUGAUCCCCCAAAGUUACAAUAACGAGGUCGUUAAAUCUGUUUUUAAAUGUCUUUAAAAUCCUAAAUGGAUCUAAACCUGGAGAAGAGACGAGAGGAGAGGAGGAGCAGUGCUGGUGUUUAAACAGAGACACAGACACUUAAUGAGGCCCUGCUGACUGACGGACUGACUGACUGACUGACUGACUGACUGAACAGCCUCCACACUUCUCUCUUCUCCAGCGUUAAAUCAGAGUUUCUGCAGGUCUUAAAAAGUCUUAAAGUGUUUAAAAUCCAAUAAUUUGAAUUUAAAAUGUCUAAAAUCCUCUUAAAACCUCAUAAAAUGUCUUAAACACAAAUUUGAAAAGUCUUAAAAAUGCUACUUACAAAUAAAAAUUGAUUUAAAGUGAGUUUAAAAUGCUCAGAUUUCUCUUCAUGUCUUCUGUACUUUUUUGCCUGUACUGAGGUGAAAUGGAUCUUAAAUUGUUUUCAUUAUGCUUUUAAAAAAAGUCUUAAAAAAGUCUUAAAAUUUUGACUUGUUGAAACCUGCAGAAACCCUGUAGAUAAAUCAUCAUCAUCAUCAUCAUCAUCAUCGUCAUCAUCAUCGUCAGUCUGAAAAACAUCCUGUCAGGUGGACGCGCUGAAACAUCUGCCGCUCUAAUAAUAGUAUGGUCGUGACGCUCAGUGAACGGACUGACUGACUGAUAUCACAGAGGGUUUCAAAGAUCUGUCUCCGUGCACGUGUGUGUGUGUGUGUGCACGUGUGUGAGGGUUUGAUUAUCUCGUGUUCGUCUGCAGCCUGCGAACUACAAACGGACAGUGAAGCGAGUCGACGACGGUCACCGGCUGUGUAACAAGCUGGUCAGCUGUUUCCAGGAGAGAGCCAAGAUCGAGAAGAGUUACGCUCUGCAGCUGAGUGACUGGGCCAAGAAGUGGAGGGGCGUGGUCGAGAAAGGUGAGCGAAAAAACAGGCGUCAUAACGGGUCGAUAACGGCGCUGCAGCAGAGCGCCAAACGACCCGACACCAGGAUGAUUAUGAAACAGGGAUUCAUGACCUCAGCUGUAAGACCGUCCCCCUUUCCCUGCUCUUGAUCCUCAGGUCCUCAGUACGGGACUCUGGAGAAAGCCUGGCACGCCUUCAUGCAGGCGGCGGACCGGCUCAGCGAGCUGCAUCUGGAGCUGCGGCAGCGGCUGGCGGGCGAGGACAGCGAGAGGAUGAGAAACUGGCAGAAAGAAGCGUUUCACAAGCAGAUGAUGGGAGGAUUCAGACCAAGGAGGCAGACGACGGCUUCAGGAAAGCCCAGAAACCCUGGGUCCGCAAACUGAAAGAGGUGGGGCUUCUGAGGUCACGUGAUAGUGAUGACAGCAAGGGGUUAACGGAGGUGGUGCUACGGCGCAGUCUAAACGUUAAAAUCACAGAAACUGCAGUAAAAAAACUCACUCAUUCCAGACCAUGAGUUGUCAAUCACUCAACUUCACAUCUUUGUGUGUGUGUUUCAUUUUGUGUGUGUUUGUGUGUGUGAAGGUGGAGUCCAGCAAGAAGACCUACCAUCAGGCCAGGAAGGAGGAGUGGACGGCGGUUACCAGGGAAACGCACGCCAAGGCCGACCCCACCAAGUCACAGGAGGAAGUCCGUAAAUACACGAACCGGGUGGAGCGCUGCAACCAGGAGUGUGACAAAGUACAAGGCUCUCACACACACACACACACACACACACACACACACACUCCCUGGUGUAGCUCUGCUCGUGGCGGUCUGGGUGUGUCUGUGAGUCCAGAAAAACAUACCUGUGUGUGUUUUUUUGAGGGUUUCAGCAUGACCAGGCUUGUCUCCUCUGAACAAACUCCAAACGCUGCAGGUCCCAAAGAUGGAAACAUCCAGAAAGAAACUCAGAAACAGUCUUUACAGAGUCUCUAACAGAGCUCAGAACACCACAGUGAAAUCUACCGUCAUGGAUCAUCUGCUGGUUUGAGGAAAUCAAGGACUCGGCUGUUUCUGAGCGCGCUCAGUAAUCAGUGGAUCUGAAGGGAUCUGUGCUGAUUCAGAGACCAAAAACACAUUUACAAUAUAAUAUUUGUUUGUUUAUUAUUUCUUAUUAUUAUAUUAUUAUAUAUAUUCUAUUAUUUUAUGUUAUUUUUAUUAUUAUCACUUAUUCAUUUAUUCAUUUAUUAUGUUUUUAUUAUUAGUAGUAUAAGUAUUAUCCCAUUAUUAAUAUUAUUAUUAUUAUUUAUUUAUUUUUGUAAUAUUUUCAAUUAUUUAUUUAUUUAUUAUCAUGAUUAUUAUUAUUUUUUUAAAUUUCAUUUCAUAUUAUUUUAUAAUUAUAAUUAUGAUUAUAAUUACUUAUUUAUUUAUCUAUUCAUUUAUUAAUUAUUAUUUUAUUUAGUAUUUAUUAUAUAAUUAUUUAUGUAUUUAUGUAUUAUUAUUAUUAUUAUUAUUAUCGUUAUUAUUUUUUUAUUCAGUAUUUAUUUAAUAUUUAUUUAUUUAAUUAUUAUUAAUGAUAUCAUUAUCAUCAUUAUAAUUAUUAUUAUUAUCAUCAUUAUUAUUAAAAUUACUAUGAAUUUUGGAAUUAUUAUUCUUAUCAAUAUUGUCAUUGUAAUUAAGAUAAUUAUUUUUAUUAUUUCGAUGGACUUCCUCUCUCUGCUGAGUGCACAUGCUCAGACUCAGAUCAUAAAUUAGUAUUUUACCCAAAGUAAGAGGAACGCAUCACUUAAAGCUACCAUGAGGUACUUAUGUUUUGUAUCAGUUUUGGCGCCCCCUGUUGUUUAUCUUGUCCUCUUCAUGCUUAAUAAGUGUCUCCUGACAGAUAACCAGAUCACCCCGACUCUGUUGAUUGUCGAUAUCUGAUGUGGAAAGACGGCAGGGAUUAGAUUCAGAUGUUGGGAAAUAAAAAAAACAUGUCCAGACACACCUGCACACAGAGCUGCUAACAACUGUUUCAUUAAUUAGUUUAAUUAGUUCAAUUAAUUGAACCAUGUGGCCAUGUGCCACGAAAAGUGAAACUGGUGAAACUGGUGAAACAGGAGGAAGUUCAAACGGGACCAGUAACCGUCUCCAACAGUGAAGCACAGAUCCUUCGGUUGAUUCUGAGAUUAUGUCGUUCAAUCAGAGCGAAACAUGAGCAGGACUUAAAGAGUUAAUUAUUAGUGAUUAAUAACAAUUAUUAUUUAUGAUUGAUAACAAUCCCAGAGAUUUUAACUCCUUCAGGACUCUUUAACAGUCACAGCUUCUCACCUGUAGAUGUCCCUGACUGACUGACGCUCCAGUAAAGACCCUCUCAGUGGGAGUCCAGCUUCCUGACACACACAUUUCUGUCUCUUCAAUAUGUGUGCGUGUGUGUGUGCGUGUGUGUGUGUGCGUGUUCAGGCGAAGGAGCGUUACACGAAGGCCCUGGAGGAGCUGAAUCGCUGUAACCCUCGCUACAUGGAGGACAUGGAGCAGGUGUUCGACCUCACGCAGGAGGCCGAGAGGAAGAGGCUGCGCUUCUUCAAGGAGCUCCUGCUGGACAUCCACACACACCUGGACCUGUCCUCCAAGGAAGGGUGAGACACACACACACACACACACACACACACACACACACACACAGAGGCUGAUUUAUUGAUCGGUGGUCUGUGACUCAGAGCGGAGGUAUGCAGAUCUGUUUGCUGACUGUUUGUGAGUUUACACAGGAGUUAAUAGAAAACUUCGCUGUUGUCCAUUAACUAUUGACCUUUUUAUUUCAUCGACACGGGUUUCCGUUACCAUGGAAACUCUUUCUCUGAUUUAUCCAGAUUUGAUCCUUUCUGGUCUUUACACAGACAGACUGAUCAACCAUCUCCACACUGAGCGUGCUCAGACUCGACUCUCUGGAGUGAUUCAUAACGAGCAGAUUCGUCUCACCCUGAUGAUCUGGCCCUGAACCAAAAGUCAAAUUAAAGCUGAGAGAGUUUUUCAAACGUGAUUCGGUGAUAAUCGAUCGGUUUCAUCUUCUGCUGUCUGUCAGGGAUCAAAACUGGAAAAAGCUGCUUAAAUAAAAACCGUGCAGGAGUCGUGUUGAGCAGAUAAGCCAAAGCCGACCUGAUAUUUGUUCGUUUUCAGUAUUUUUAGAAACACCAUCUGUGUUUCUCCAAACUGCACAAACAGUUUUUGUCUGUUUCUGAUUUUCUUUGCAGUGAAAUUGUCGACGUCUCCUCUCCCUCCGAUGGAGAGGAUGGUGAUCUUACUCUGAGACAGAAAUGGAGAUGGUCUUUACUUUGCUCUGUUUUCUCUUUAGUCGGUCUGUGAUGAGACCUAAAGAACUAGAGUUUAACCAGAACUGAGAGAAAGACAGCGGGGAAACGCAGUCGAUGAAGUUCAGCAUCUUCAAACAAAGAUUUCGUAAAGGACAUCUACUAAAACGUCUUAUUUUUCCUGUUAAAAUCCUCAUUUUUCUCACUCCUCAGGGUGGUACUUUUUACACCGCUCUAUGGUCAUGAAACGACCUGAAACGUCUUUACAGACUCGUCCUAAACUAGAUGUCAGCUUUAUUAGCGUGGGCGUGGCUGUUCUCCGCUGGUUUGAAGUUCGUCUUUGUUCACCAAAAUCACGACAGUCUAAAAAAAAGUCAUCUUCUCGAUCUGUGAAUCUGAUAACAAACAAAAGACGGUUUAAUGAAGAGAAUCUCAAACUCGACCUGUGCUGCUGCUGUCCUCCUGUUCUUGUUUCCUGGAUCCGUUAAAAAUCAUGAGUGAUUGCGGCGCUAGCCUCUGUUUUAGAGUCACUUCCAGGUUCUGGUUCUGAGCCUCAUGGAGGGUCCAGGUCCCAGUAACAGCUGAUGUUGGAGUUCAUUGUCCUGAGAGAGUAACAGGUUUUCUGGCUCUGAGGUUGGAAAAGUUCUGAGUGUGUCUGAAAACAGAACCAGAACCAGUCUGACUGUGGGGUGGGGGUUCAGAUCUGUCAUAUCUGAGGGAGGAUGAGGAGGGAGCGGACGUGAAGAUGAGAUGAUUGACAGCUGCUCUGUCUCCCAGGUUUAAGAGUCUGUACCGGGACCUGGGUCAGACCAUCCAGGGGGCCAACGACACCGAAGAUCUGCGAUGGUGGAGGAACACCCACGGACCGGGCAUGAGCAUGAACUGGCCGCAGUUUGAGGUGUGGAUGGACUCACACGCACACACGCACACACACACACACACACACACACACACACACACACGCUCCUCAUUGCUGUAGAGUCUCGUGUGUUUCAGAGCGGCUGAAUUUUAAACAGUCGGACUGUGAAAGAGUCGCUGUGUGACCGAGAGCUCUGAGUGGGGUCAGGAAUGUCUGAACACACACACACACACACACACACACACACACACACACACACACACACACACGCACACACACACACACACACCAUCGUGUGUAGGAUUGUGUGGCUGCUGGUGGAAAUGUACAGCUCUGACUGAGUCAUGAACAGAGCGGACCAACAAAUAUUUACAGAUACGAGAAAACACGACCGAUUCUGGGAGGAGGAGGGGGAGGAGUCAGGAGGAGGAGGAGGAGUCAGAGAUGGUAGAGGUGCUCCUGGUGAAGGAUUUCCAAAUCAAUCAAACAAAUAUUGAAAUUCAGAAACAGGAAACAGUCAGAGUUUACUGAACAUGGAUGAAAACUUUUCCCUUCAAUGUUUUAACACUUCAGACUGACGCCAACUUAAAAUGUCACUAAAAUCCGACUUUUGGUCACAUGAUUAAAAAUAAGUCAGCACGUCCAGUAAACGGUCACGUCCUCCUCAGGGUUUCUGGACUCUCCUUUAGAGAGAGGGUGGAAAACUCAGGAGGAGCUCAGAGUCGAGCUGCUGCUCCUCCACGAUGAGAGGAGUCAGAGGAGGCGGUUUGGACGUCUAACCGGGACGACGCCUCGUUGGUGAGGUGUUCAGGACAUGUCCAACUGGUAGAAGACUACAGUAGACCCAGGACACACUGAAGAGAUUGUCUCUCCGCUGUCCUGGGAACAGCUCAGUGUCCUCUGAGAAGACUUAUGACCCCUGUCACCCAAAGGGGGCGGGGCUUGAACGUGAGCGCAGUUAGCACGGUCACUCAGUUAUUGAAUAACUACAUAAAACAGUUGAAGGAGAUUGGAGACUGAAGUGUUACAAACUCGUCUCCUUCUUCAUCAUAAUCCAACGAUCAUUUCAAACUCCGUCUUUAUGAUCCAGAACUUUAAACUGACUCUAAAAAUGAAGCUGUGAAAAAGUCCGUCAUCCUGGAGUCAGAACAACAACAGCAGGACUUUAGUCUCCAUGAAUACGAGCGCUUCCUUAAACCCACGCCUGUGUGAGGAUGAUAUAACCCACUCUGAUCAGUUACACACAGGAAUGUCCACGCCCUCCUCUGAUUCACAAAGAAAGGAGCGCUGUUGUUUGAGAAGAUCUGCAGACUCAGUUUUCAUCUCAGAAUGGAGAUACAAUCGUCUCACUUCCUGUCUGCCCCCCCCCACACACCUUACUCUUUGUGUGUGUGUGUGUGUGUGUGUGUUCAGUCUUCGACACGUAACACGAGCAAACUCAGAAACUGGACCACAGACAGUCUGAGGAGAGAUCUGAUUGGUCGAUUUCCUCACAGCUUUGACUCUCAGACUCAGACUCGUGUCGUUUGUCGACCUUUAAUUCAUGGCUGUGUCAUUCUGAAGGUCAUUAAAGGUCAUUAAAGAGACAGCGCAUCAUCACACUCUCUCCAUGACCACAAAUGAACCAGCGUCCGAUCACAUGAUCAGCUGAGUGGGAGUAAACAGGAGUAUUUGUUGAUCGUCAGCAUCCUAUCAGUGCGGGGGACGGCGGCCUGGAGUCUGUGUGUCUGACUGACAUGUUCACAGACUCUCAGGUGGUCUUACAUGCUGCUUUAACACUCUGAACAUGAACCACGCCGCUGUCGUCCCCUUCUUAGCUCCAUAAGGCGGAUGUUUUGCCGCCUCAUGCUGGUCUUAAGCUGGUGAACACAUGAACAUUGAUCCUUCCUUCUGCUGUCUAAUCUCCUCCUUCAGGAAUCUGUAAGCUGAUUAAAAAAACCCGUUUCUUUAUGAUCCUCCUCAUUCACUCAGGGAAAUCCACCCUGACGUGCAUUACUGCCCCCUGCUGUGUUGGAGUGUGCAUGAACUGACCUGAGCCCGCAUGAAACUGCUCCAAGACCCACUUUUAGGUUCUGAUCCACCCGUGGAGAACCGUCCUGUGAUCCUGAAGAGACUCUGUCGAGUUUUCAAAACAAACCCUCUCUAACCUCUCUCUCCUCUCUCCUCUCUCCUCUCUCCUCUCUCCUCUGAGGAACCUGCGGGUGUUCCCAUGUCGCUGCUCACACGCAAACACACAAACACACUAACACACUUUUACACUCACACACAUUUUCAUUUACUGUACUUGUGGGGACAGACUAUAAUGACAAAACUUUUGAGGACUGAAAAAAGCGAGACGUCCUCUGUGUGUCACUUUAGACAAACUGUUCAUAUCUGAUGGCAAUACUGAGGACAUACUGAGAACACACACACACACACACACACAGACACACACACUCACACACAUUUUCAUUUACUGUAAUAGUGAGGACAGGCCAUAAAUGUUCUAACUUUUAAAGGACUGAAAAGAGGAAGAUGUCCUCUGUGUGAGAAACUGUUCAUUUCUGAUGAUAAUACUGAGCACACACACACACACACACACAUACACAGACACACACACUCACACACACACACACACUGAUAGUUUCAGCUCUAUUGAGACUGUAAAUACCAGUAAUUGUAUCCCCUGCCACCUCCUCCCUCUGUCAGCGCCCUGUUAUUAGGUCCAGAGUGUGUGUGUGCGUGUGUGUAAGUGUGUGUGUGUGCGUGCGUGCUUGUUUUUGUCUGGGUGUGACCCGAUAGGUCUCCAUUGAUUAUCCCCCCCAGAGUGAAGAGGGUUCAUUAACUGAGUCCAGCUGCAGUUUUUCCUCCUCUAAGGAAGUCUGAACCAACAAAAAACACAACGUAGGAUCUGGAUCCACCAGAGUCCAUGUCCUGGUGUCUUCUACAUCUAUGAAGACUCCAUUAAUGCUGAACAACAUCUACAGGUGUAGGAGCAUCAGGACUCUGUAGUUGGAGUCACCGCAUGGGCUUAAAAUCACUGAGCUGUCCUGAGGUCUGAUGGAUCAAAAUCUAACACUCUUUUGGAAAGGACAACUGGACUUAAUUGUCUCAAUUAAGUCCAGUUGUCCUUUCAACGUAGAACUGGAAACCAUAGAUGCUGCAUCCUCGGUUUCAAAAAAUAUCUCCGGGUUUAGAAUCAACAUCUGUGUCCAUCCAGACAAAGACUUUUCAGUGAAGACCUUCAUUUGAUCCCAAACCACAUUAAUUUAUUUUUUAAUAACUUGUUUUCUGGUCUCUGUUUUUGUCGUCCCGUUCAGGAGUGGUCUCCAGACGCCAGUCGCUCCAUCAGCAGGAAGGAGCGAAGCGGAGACUCUGUGGACAACGUGGUCACUCUCACCAACAUCGUCUCCUCGGGCGGAGGCGACGCCCCGCCUAGUCCUAUCACCAUGGAGACGGGCAGGUAGGGAGACACCUCCGUGUCUGCUACAGACAGAUGACAACAGUCCGUGUGGUCAGACUGUGUCAUUACAGGAGAGGAUCUACUUCCUGUUCUGACGUUUUUCCACUGAGGGAUAAUGAGCAUGUCUGCCCUGUGUGUGUGUGUGUGUGUGUGUGUGCACAAACAUGUGAUAGAGGAACACCAUGUGGUGUAGUUUGUUGUCACCCUGAGGAGAUCACAUGACUGUAAUUGUGCGUCUGAGUCUGUGUCAGAUCCAGAUUUAUCUUCUCUCUCCUCCAGUUUCCUCAAAACCUUCAGACCUCUGACUCAGAGUCAGUUUCUGCUCUUCUUAUCUAAACCCCCAACCACUAAAGUCUUUCUCAUCUACAUGUGAGAAAGAAGAUCAAACCUAUAAAUAUAAAUAUGUUGAUUAGUGGAGUGUGUUAACCACAUUUGACUAAAGACAUUUUCACACAUUUGGACGUUCAGUUGGAGUCUUCAGACUCUACAGGAAAUGAUCAAACCUCCGUCUUCAGCUGAGCUCUGAAGGUUUCAGGGUUUUUAAAACUUCACAUCCUCUUUGUCUGAAGGUUCAAAAUAAAAAAUCAAACCUCUGAGUGUUUAAUAAAGUUUUUAAUAUAUUUUAUUGAACGUUUAGCGUCACAUUUUUAUCAAACAGUUAAUACAUUCUUGUUUUUCAUAAACACCAAAUCCCCAAAACAAAAACAAAGACAAAUUCCAACUUAAUCACAGUCCAGUCCUGCAUUAACAAGUAUCAGAGUGUUGAAACCUCAUGCAUACACACAUAUCACUUACAAUGAUAAUGACAAUACAGACAACAGAACCCCCCCCCCCAGUCUGAUAGCCAUCUUGUCCUGGUUUGGGAAGAGUCGUCCAGAAUAAACUGCGUAUCCUUGGCCUCACAAAAACAAGAAAUAGAGUCCAAACAGGACAGAGCUGUCCAACUGUCCCUCUGGACCAAUAUGUCAAAUAUUCCAUAUGAAGCAAAUCAAACAUGACUUUAUGCCAGUCAGAGACAGUCGGUGGUUUAUGUGAAAUUCAUUUCAAUAGUUCACUUUUACAUGCAGCAGUUUUUGAUUGUGAGUGUCGUUAAUUUGAGGAUGAGGUAUUCCUAAGAGAAGUCAGACUGGAUCCACCUUCAUGUUCUUACUGAAAACUGAAUUAAGCUUUGUGAUCAUUUUGAUCUGACAGUCUUGAAUAUGAGUGCAUGAACAUAUUGACUGUAUAAAACUGCCAACCUCUUUUCUACAUGUGACACAUACAGACGACUUUUCAGGGUCCGUUAAUAAAGUUUUUAAAAUCUUAGAAAAUGUUCAUUUCGUCCCUCGUCUGAAAAACAGAGUCUGUUAUUAUAGAUGUUCUAGAUAGAUUUACACUUCCUGUUUAAAAAAAGUCCAGAUUCUCCUCUCCAGGUUUAGAUGUGGGUUUCUGAAGAUGGUGUGUUUGUGUUUGUCUGACCGACCGACCGUCUGUCUGUCUGUCCGCUCUCUGGUCUCCUCCCUCAGGGUGAAAGAUUAUUCGUCAGACUGGUCAGACGAGGACAGUCCUAAGAAGGUGCUGGCUGUGAACGGCGUGGGGGAGGCCGGGGACGAGGAUGAGGAUCAGGUAGAGGGGGUGCGAGUCCGAGCGCUGUAUGAUUACACGGGCCAGGAGGCUGAUGAGCUCAGCUUUAAAGCAGGUAUUAACACUGACUAACGCUCUGAUACAGGGGGAGGCAUCACAGAGAGAGAGGGGGAUCAGCUGUUUUCUGAAGAGUGAAAAAAAGUUAAAAAGUUUCAGAGACCUAUAGUCUGUUUCCUCCUCUGUGAUGCCUCGUCCUUCAUUUCCACUCUCAUGUUGGUGCAGCUUCAGACUUUCAGACAUGAGUUAGGAUGGAUCCACGCCGACUCUCUUCAGACGAUGAUCCAGAGUCUGCUCACUAACUCUGUUUAUUUUAAAGUUCACACACAGACUGGAUUCAUCUCAUAAAGGUGUUUUUUUCAUUUCUCCAUGAAGACUCUGAGCUGGUUUCUCCUCUGCAGUUUCAUUCAGAUCAUCAGCUCGGACUGAUCUGAACGUUAACAUCGAGUCAAACACCGAAAAACAACGAGCUACAAAAUAAAAGCACUCAGAGCUCAACUCACAGUCAUGCUUUUAUUUUGGAGAGUCCCGUUGUUCUUAGUUUUAUUUCAUAUCUAACCUGCUUUGGUAGAAAAUUCAGGGAUUCCUGUUGGAAGUAAAACCUGUUUUUUUUUUUCUUCAGGUUUUAUUUUCCUGACUCAUGUUUUCACAUCGACAGAAACAUCUAGAAUCCUUUAUUUCUAUCUCAUCCUGACGUGAGUGUUUGUAACGUUGACUCUCCUGAUCUCUAUGAUCAGGAGCAAAUAUGACUUAACCCCGAAACAAUCCUAAUUCUCAGCUGUUUUCUUAUAGUAUUAGACGUCCUUAAUAACAAACUCAGAGUUUGACCGCUAGAAAGGCGCCAUUUUCAAGAUGGCGUCCAUGAUGGGUUCACUCCAGGUAAAUAGGGUAAAAUUUGUAACAAACAGAUAUCACCAUGAAACUUCCAGAGUUCAUAACUUACUUUAAGACAAAUAUUUUUUAUAUUACAAGUUUAGUCAAAUGUUCUGUUUGAAUAUGUAAAUGAGGUCAUAUCUAAUUAAAUAUGCACUAAUUUACAGACAUUUACAGAAAACUGAACGAUAGAUAAAGAGCCUUUUAAAAAUCAUGUUUUAUUUUGUUGACAGACUAGAGUCAGAGGGGGGAGGAGACUUUGGAUAACUCUGUUUAUCUCUCUGUAAAUGAGAAAAUACUGAAACCACCUCUAAAAACUCAAAUAUCUUCAUGUGUUUUUAUUUCAGGUCCUUAAAAUGAUCAUUACACCUGCGUAGACCAGGAAUACUGGCGCCUGAUACGUGUUUGGACCAUCAAAUAUUCUAAUUAGCAUAUUUGAAUGAUAGAUAAGUUAUUAUGUAUAAUUAUAAUUGUAAUUAUAUAUUAAAGUUAUUGGUUACAAUCCUAUUUAUUUGAAAAAAUAAGUAUAAUUUCCCUUCAAUAAUUGCAUAUUUCUCCUGUCUCAUAUUGUUUUGUCUUGUGUUGGUGGUUCCUGUUAUUCAUAAUCAUUAUUUUGAUUCCAAGAAAGAAUAAAUUCAUUAGAGCUGUGUGGUAACGUAAAAUUAGGCUCUUAAAACAAAUCUUUAUACUUUUCUUUUUCUAUUUUCUUCAGGUCUGUCUUCUUAUUCUGGUUUGUUUUUAUACUUUUUUAAACUUCUUAUUAAGCUUUAACAGAAGAGCGUCUCACACAGUUUGAUGAGUCAUGGUUGGAGGAUUGAAGGCGGGGUCUCUGCCCCGGCGUGGUCCACCUCGUCUCUCAGUCUCUUUUCUUCUGCAGUCCUGACUCUAAAGCUGCUUUUCCUCUCAGCGGGGUUUCAGCUCUGAACGUCUGUUCCACUUUCUCCACCACAGACACCAGAGCGUGAAAAUAACCAGGAUGAUGGUGGACCUCCGCGGGGGUUUGGUUAUUGGUACUAUAAGUAACCUUUGACCUACAUUUAAAACCGUUUGGACUCCUCGUUUUAAAUAAAGUCGGACCUUUACUGACUCUCUAAAACCUGGAUCAGGUAAAAACCGGGUCAGGUCUGUGUUUGAGCUUAAAGACACAAAGGUCAGAGAGUCUAUGUGACCUGACGGAGGAGGGGGGUCAGGUCUGCUUAACCAGACGGCUGAUGAACUCAGACACGCCUCCUCCUUCUCCUCCCUUGUGGCGGCGGUGGUGUUGUUGUUGUUGAUGAAUCUGAGGAAAUGUUUACUUCCUGUCAGCUGACUCUUGUUCCUCCUGCAGGCGAGGAGCUGCUGAAGCUGGGGGAGGAGGACGAGCAGGGCUGGUGUAAAGGACAGCUGAGCAGCGGCCAGGUCGGCCUUUAUCCCGCCAACUACGUCCAGGUGAUCCCUACUUGA